UUCUCCUCCUCUUCUCCUUCCUUCGUUGUCCCCGUGUUAGUCGGUUGCCCUCCCCCCCCUCCCGGCCUUCAAUGCGUAAGUCCGCUGCCGUUCGAUUUAGCAGGCUUCGAUCUGCCGCCUAGUAGAGCGAGCGAGCGGGCGCGAGAGGAAGCGAGAGACGGAGAGACAGAGAUAUGGAGGUGGAUUUUCGAGAACCGCGUUCGACGUUGACGCGGUCGAAUCCCAGCGUCCCCCCGACUCCGCGGGGGGACUUGUCCGCGAGAAGUCGGACUUUCCCUAAAGCCGGUGUUCGCGAUUCGAAGCUGAAGAGAUCACCGCAGCUCGGCGGGUUCGCGGACAAGCUGGCGCGAGCCAGGGCGCGCAUACCUCAGUUCAACAGCUCGACGCCCUUAUUACCAGCCAGCGAGAGGAGGUCCGGGCCCCACGAUGGAAUCAAGCCCAGGUGGGAGGUCGAUGGCGAGAAGUGGAACAUCACGCCGGACGGAGGCUCCGCCGGUCGAGAAGGACGACAUUUCACAGUGGCGAACGUGGGAAACAACGGCCAGAUAUUCUUGAGACCCAGCAUAAGACCGGCGAACCAGAGGUUUCCGCAGCCCAGCUUCGUAUUCCCGAGCACCACGCCGCUGAGUCCCGCAGGUGCAAACUCUUCGGCCCAGACGAAGAAAAAGCCUUACGCGACCAGCGACUUGCUUACUCCUAGCAUCCUGACCCCGACCCCCGAAGGCGGGUCUCCGACGCCAGCGCUGCUGAAGAAGAAGACGUACUUCGACUUCAAGACGCCGAAAACUCGAAGUCGCCGCGCCAUGUCGGACUCGACCAUCCACGACCCGAGCAUCGCGCAGGAAGGGGAGGCGGGUGUAUUCAAGGUUGUGAUCUCGAAGCCGCAGGAUGAACCUAGAUCUAAGACGGCCGAAGACGCCGGGCUAUCCCACGACUCUCUCCUCCAAAUCUCGAUUCCUUCCUGGAAACUGGGCACGCCCAGGUUCACCCUUAGGGGUACGCCUCUGAUCCGAGGCUCGUCCUAUGCCCCGACCGAGGAGUUUCGUUCGAGCAGUACCUCCUUCUUUCGACCCCCCCCCGGCGAUAUAAACUCCCUCCAGACCGACUCCUUGGAUCCCGGGAAGCCCAGGACGAAUUCGACGCCUCACGUCAACCUGCACUCGCCUGCUCUGCUCAGCCCUAGCACCAUAAUCACCCCGCGAUCCUCCGUUCCUCGGCUGCGGUCGACUUACCUCUCGACCCACCUGGUCAUCGUGCCCAGUAUGUUCGAUGCGCUCACAUUUAAGCCGGCGUGUGAUGAUCGUUCGAUCGUCCGUUAUUCUUCGGCCACGGGCGCGGUAACAGCGGCUACGCCGCCGCGGUUGGUCGCCGAAAUCACGUCUCCCAGUUUUCUCGAUUACGAAUUGAUCUCUGACUUCUUCCUCACAUUUCGCGCAUUCCUCGAGGCGCAAGACCUCCUCAAGAUGCUGGUCGCCAGACUUCGGUGGGCCGUAUCCCGAGAGGACGAGACCGGGAUGGUGGUGAGGGUGAGGACGUUCGUGGCCAUGAGGCACUGGAUCCUGAAUUACUUCGUCGAUGACUUCGUCGUAGAUUACCACCUUCGUGUGAUGUUCUGCAACCUCAUCAACGAUUUCGUCGAGGAACUCUCCCACGAUGAACGCGGGCGCAAGGUUCAGCUGAAGAUUCUUGCCGAGUUGAAGAAAUGUUGGAGGCGAGUGUGCGCGCAGUAUUGGGAUGGCCCGGAGUUCGAUUCGUCGCUAGGUCCGGACAUCCCCAUCGCACCCGGCGGAAUCGCUGGCCACCGCGACCCGAGCCUGGACCCUAGCUUCUGGGAAACCGAGUCAGACGAGCCGCCUAACCUGUACGAUAUCCGUCUCCCGGACUCGCCCCUCGAACAAGGCUUCCUCACAGACGUAGCCGAGCCCGGCCACAUCGAUUCUGUCCUUCUCGACGGCGUGCGCUCGGGCACGCUAGAGGACGAGCCGCAUCCUGCUGCGCCCGAGAGGAGGCAGGCUUCGCCAAUUAGUAUCGCUAGCCUCGAUGUGGUGUCCUGCUCCUUUCCAACCAAGGGAUUUCGGGUGGGCGACCCGAGCGCGAGUGCUGCCCUCGCGGCCCAUCCCGCCGACCUCAGCGCCGUCCACACGAAUACGGAUCCCGUCGCCCCUACCCCCCGUGCCCUCACAGGAAAACGUGUUAGACCGCCCACCUCUCAUAAACGCAACAAUAGUCUUACGGAUUCUCUCCGGGACCACGGUUCGGUAACAGAGAAGCUGCUGUAUAAGAAUGCCGAGUUCCUAUUAACCUUGCCGUAUGCUGGCAGUCUCGUUCGGGGAAAUCUUCUCCCCCCCGGCCAAGCCUUCGUUGAAAUAGACCCCCCGAGUCCCUGGGGAGCAACGCGCCAUACCACUGUCUUCCAGACGCAUCCCGUUGAGGCUCAGAAGGAGAAAGGGCCAGGAUCCGCGAUGUCGGGUCAGGGUAUGAAGAAGCUGAUCGGGAGCGUCCGCAGGGCAUUAAGCACGAAGGGCCAGGGUGUGUCUCCCACGCACGGCAACUUCAUCGACAUCGCGCCCAUUGGACCGAGGGGCGCUACGACCAACAGGCUCCCAGGAACGGCCAUUGUGCCACAAGCGCGCCCACCUCGCGCCAACGGCUCCCGAGCUCCCAUCCGUAUCGAUGUCCUCGGUGCUACGAUCGCCGAGGACUUUAAGAAGGCCGUACGGGAGGACGCCAUUCCAGAGCUUCCGACCGAUUUCAUCCCUGAUGGUGAUACUAAGGAGGCCAUCGAAUACUCUCCGGCACAUCUGGACUCGUCGUUUGAGCUCAUGAUGAAGAGCGAGGACGCAGUUACGAUAGGGAGUAAAUCCAUUUUCGUCGUCGACGGCAAUUUCCCCUCGGACUACCCGGUUAUGACCGGUGCUCUGACAGGUCUGAAUCCGUCAGUCGAGGCCUUUGCCGAAAGCAUGAUGCGGACGGGCGAUGCCGACCUCACACCACCGACGACCCCUCCCGGGCUUAUAGUGCGCGGAAAUACGCCGAGGCGAUCUUCCUACCUCCUCGGCCAACAUGCCUUCGGGUCUCUAGCCUUUGCGAACCCGCCGCCGCCGCUGCCGCCGCCGCCUGUUCCCGAUGUAGAGACAAUAGUAGGAGAGCGUCCUUCUGAGGAGGCUAACGCAAAUCCACGCCCGUCCGCCGAAGCUGUCAAGCAAUCACCCCGUAGGCCUCCGGUGAGUUAUAUAAGACAGCAUCAACGUCAAAAGUCAAGUCGCAGCUACCGGUCUAGAGGCUCCACUGUUCAUCGUCGGUGGGCAUCUUUCCAAAGUGGCAUUGCGAUGCGGCGGUCGACGGCCAAGAGCUUCGACGCCACUACUUACUCGGAAGGCUCGGUAGCAGGGGAGAUCAUGCCCCCCCCCCUCAGAGUUCUUCGUAGGAGGCCAGGUGGAGAUCUUCGAGGCGCCAGAAAUGUUCACGACCUAGACGGCGCACCGAUACAUAGAUCGCGAUCUGUGGGCUCCCUGACGACGUAUAGCGAAUCCAUCAGGAGUUCCUACAUACGCAGCCCCAUCAGAGAUUCGAGCGCAUUCGUCGACGUAGUUACCAGCGAAUAUUCGCAGAAACGGGCGGAUGUUUUCUCGUUGGGAAACCUAGCCGAGCAGCCACCGAAAGGCGCAAUGUCAUUAUUCAGUACCCACUCGUCAAAACCGAUCAUGCGACCGUCUUUCGAAGCGGAGGCACAGAAGCUCGCGCAAAUCCCCGACGACAUAGACGACGACGGAGGCGUCGAGGCCGCUCUUCUAAAACUCGAGGGUAAAUUUGAGAAGAAAUUUGCCAAGUUGUCUAUGGAGCCUUCGGGGAUUCCGGCUGGCGAUUUGGAGGCGCUCGGAGGUAGAAGCAUAACGACUCCCGAGAUCGAACACUGGAAGGAGGAAAAACGAAAGCACCGCGAAAAUCACGUCGGCGAGGAGGAGGUUUCUCUUGUGUCCCAAAUUGGGGGCAACCCCGAGACACGAUCUAACGGCCAACUCACGCUUCCCCGAGCCUCCGAGGCUCUCUCGUUCUUAACAGCAGGCUCUAGGGAGACCUAUAACUCGAUUCCGCUACUCGACCGAGGAUUGAUGGAUGAUGUCUGUAGUAAGAAGGGUACCCGAGAGUGGACCGACCAUUCGGUAUCGAUACGACCAGAAACGCUCCCGGACGAGACGAAAGAUGGAAGUCUUACUCCGUCGAUGUAUCCUUACGAAUUCGUGCAGGCAGCCGAAAGUGUUGAGAAGAUGAACCUGGGUGAAACCGAGCUUGAGGAUGGCUCGCGCUUGGACGUGGAUGCGGAUAGCGAUAACGAUUCCGCUUUGUCGUCUGAAAUGUCUGGCGACGCGCCCGAAGAGGAGGAGGAGGGCGACGAUGACGGCUACCUGUUUGGGCAGCCACGUUUGCCGAAGAGACCCAGCCCUAUAAUUACCAGUUCAUCGCCCGACGGUGGCAAGCCUCCCUCUCCUCCCGUAACAUUAGCACAUGUCAGCCAAGCAUCGAUAGAACCGGGCAACGUCCCGCAACUACACGAGCAUCAGCUCUGGGCGCAGAAACCACUGCCGCCUACCCCUGACACCACACCCACCACGGCUAUGCACCACCACGGCUCAGGGUCGGCCGGGGACCCCGCUGGUGCAGAGGAGACACUCCGGGGUGUACCUGACUUUCCCCAGAGAGAGCAGGCGGCCUCAGCGCAUCUGCCGUUCAUCCUUGCCUUCGACUCUGAGAUUCUGGCCCAGCAGUUCACUUUGAUCGAAAAGGACGCCCUCAACGAAGUCGACUGGAAGGAAUUGAUUGAUAUGCGGUGGAAAGACAGCAGCAACGACUCGCGGUCGUGGGUAGAUUUUCUGCGAAACACCGACGCUCAUGGCGUCGAAGUCGUCAUCGCGCGCUUUAACAUUAUGGUCAAGUGGGUGAUAUCAGAAGUUGUCCUGACCCGGAACAUGGAGGAGCGGGUCCGUUGCCUCAUGAAAUUCCUCCACAUUGCUGCUCAUUGUAGGAAGUACCGGAAUUUCGCUACGAUGAGUCAAAUUGCUAUCGCCUUGACAUCGAAUGAGGUGGCGAGACUAUCCACGACUUGGGCCAUGGUGCCACCUGGUGACCUGAAGACGAUGAGAGAUCUCGAGAUGCUUGUUUCGCCCACGAGGAAUUUUUACAACCUGCGGGCCGAGAUGGAAGGCGGGGGUAAAGCUGCCCAGAUCGGAUGCAUCCCUUUCGUCGGCAUCUACACGCACGACCUGCUCUUCAACUCGCAACGGCCAUCCGAGAUCGCUAGCUCGCCGACGACGGCACCUUUGGUCAACUUCGAACGCUGCCGCAUCGCCGCCGCCGUGGUGAAGACGCUGCUCCGCCUGCUCGAGGCCAGCACACACUAUCAGUUCCAGCCGAUCGAGGGCAUCACCGAACGGUGUCUCUGGAUGAGCGCCUUGAGCGACGAGGAGAUCCGAAAGCACUCGGAAAGCCUUGAGUAGCCGGGAUCGCCUCCGUCCACGUGUCAUCGCACGGCGCUUGUCCAGCUGUCCCAUCGCGACUUGUUUCAAAGUACAAAACUUGUAUACCAUGUGUCCACGAUUGAUAC